GUUUUUGUUUCGCGAACGUUUGUAAGCAACGUGUGGCGUUAAGCGGCUUUUAAAAUUUAUAAAAAAAAAUUUUAUUUGUAUUCAGUGCAUUUAUUUAAAAUUAAAGUGUAGUGAAAAUAUGUGAAUAAAUUGUAUUAAAAAUAAAAUUUUAGUGAUGACAAAGUCAAUUAUUUUAUGAAAACAUGUCAAUUAGUGUUCGGGGUUGAUUUUUUCUACAACAAUAACAAAAACAACCCGCAGAAAAUAAAAAUUAAAGAAUUUCAUUCAUAAAUUUCAAUUAAAUUCCUUUAAUGGUCAAUGAAAUUUAUAAAAAAAAAAAGAAGAAAAACGCAAACAAUAUCAAAGAAGAAACAAGUGUAAAGAAAAAAUGUCAAAGUUUAGUUUAUUUGAAAGAAGAAUGCAUAAGAAUUUCAAGAGAAAUAAAGUUAUUUUAAUAAAUAUUUAACAAUUUUAUGUGGGAAAAAGUGCAAAAAAUCUGUGAAGAAUUUCAUAAUCAUUAAAUGAAAUAUCGAAAACAAAAACAAUUUUAACAAAAAUUUACACAAAAACAACAAAACAAAAAGGAAAUAAAAAAUGUCUACAACAAUAAAUUCUAAACUAACAACAACGGCUGCUGCGACAGCAGCAACAACAAUAAUAACAACAACACCAGAAAAUUGUGUAUCAAGAACAACAGCAGCAGCAACUGUUGUAGUUGUUGCUGCGCCGGCUGACAACAAUAUUAACAAUAUUUCUUCCUCUCCUUGCAAUUCUUGUUCUUCUUCGUUGACAUCUUGGUCAGAUGUUUUGUGCGCCAACGCAUACUGCUCCUCAUUAACAGGGCAGAAAUAUAAACAACAACAAAUUUCAAAUAAUGAAGAGGAGGCAAAAGAAGAUGCACCUUUAUUUAAAACAACAACAACAACAACAAAUUCAACCAUAUUCCCCCAUUUGGCUGAUUGCCAAAGUAAUUUAACAAAACAACAGCUGUUGGAGCAACAGGACGCUACUGCUUUUGACAGUGGUCGUGAAUCUGUUAAUGAAUGUGAUUCCUCUUUGGAUGAUUCGAUUAAUUACCGCAGCUCUUCGUUGCACUUGCAACAGCCCAGCAAGAAACCUUGCACUUUGGAUUUUUAUGCCAGCAGUGGUUCGCAAACUAAAUGGUAUUUGCCAACCACGGAUAUAGUGAAAAUUAAUGUACAACCUGCUGCUAGUGCGGAGGGUAUUAUGACAAAGUCGUGUGUUAGUAUAGCGGAGCCAGAAUCAUCGGUGGUCACACCGCCUUCAGAACAUGAUGAUAGUAUUCCGGAUGAUGAUGAGGGGACAUCAAAUGAUAAAAUGUAAGUUGGAAAACAAUAUAGCGAUAGAUUAUCCAUCAUCAUGAUUGUUUUGAGAGUUCUGGGUACAAUAAUAUAAGGUUUAGGUGUGGUAAGUUUUUUUCUUUAUAUAUUUCUUUUGGAAUUUUGAAAUGUGUCAUGAAAUUUUAAACUUCAAACCUUUUUUUCGUGUUGGGUG